CAACACAGACUGCUGACAGAGCAACAACUUCAUCAGUUAAGUGCUGCACCUUCAAACGAGAGCCUCAGGGAAACGAAGGUGCACCACCAACACCACCACCAGCACCACCACCACCAGCACCACCACCACCACCAGCUUAAUUCAGCUUCAAAGAUGACGGACGGUGCAAGACAGCGGAGCAGCACGUCGGGCUCCACUAAGGAUGCUGCCGGGGAGAAGGACUCGGGAGGCGGGGUGGCCCUCAAGAAGGAGAUCGGGCUGGUGAGCGCCUGCGGGAUCAUAGUUGGUAACAUUAUCGGCUCAGGUAUCUUCGUCAGCCCGAAGGGAGUGAUGGAGAAUGCCAGCUCCGUGGGCGUGGCCCUGAUCGUCUGGAUCGUCACGGGCGUCAUCACAGCCAUCGGGGCGCUGUGCUACGCCGAGCUGGGCGUCACCAUCCCCAAGUCGGGGGGAGACUACUCCUACGUCAAGGACAUCUUCGGAGGGCUGGCUGGGUUCCUGCGUCUGUGGAUCGCCGUGCUGGUGAUCUACCCGACCAAUCAGGCCGUGAUCGCCCUGACGUUUUCAAACUACGUCCUGCAGCCGCUGUUCCCCACCUGCUUCCCGCCGGAGAAUGGCCUGCGUCUGCUGGCUGCUGUCUGCCUCUUGCUGCUGACGUGGGUGAACUGCUCCAGUGUGAGGUGGGCCACCAGAGUGCAGGACAUAUUCACCGCCGGCAAGCUGCUGGCCCUCGCCCUCAUCAUCGUCAUGGGCUUCGUGCAGAUCUGCAAGGGAGAGUACUACUGGUUGGAGCCAGCCAACGCCUUCGAGCCCUUCCAGGAGUAUGACGUGGGUUUGAUAGCGUUAGCCUUCCUACAAGGCUCCUUCGCCUACGGAGGUUGGAACUUCCUGAACUACGUCACAGAGGAGCUGGUGGACCCUUAUGUGAACCUUCCCCGCGCCAUCUUCAUCUCCAUCCCCCUGGUGACCUUCGUGUACGUCUUUGCCAACAUCGCCUACGUCACUGCCAUGAGUCCCGCGGAACUGCUCGCCUCAAACGCCGUUGCCGUGACGUUUGGUGAGAAGCUGCUGGGCGUCAUGUCCUGGAUCAUGCCCAUCUCUGUGGCUCUCUCCACCUUCGGGGGAGUCAACGGAUCCCUCUUCACCUCUUCGCGGUUGUUCUUUGCUGGAGCCAGAGAAGGCCACCUCCCAAGUCUGCUGGCCAUGAUUCAUGUGAAACGCUGCACUCCCAUCCCGGCUCUGCUCUUCACUUGCCUGUCCACUCUGCUCAUGCUGUGCACCAGCGACAUGUACACCCUCAUCAACUAUGUGGGCUUCAUCAACUACCUCUUCUACGGAGUCACCGUUGCCGGGCAGAUUGUGCUGCGUUUUAAACAGCCCGACAUGCACCGACCAAUCAAGAUCAGCCUAAUCUGGCCGGUCAUUUACCUCAUCUUCUGGGCCUUCCUGCUCAUCUUCUCCCUUUACUCCGAGCCCGUUGUGUGUGGCAUCGGCCUGGCCAUCAUGCUGACUGGCGUCCCUGUCUAUUUCCUGGGAGUCUACUGGGACAACAAGCCACAGUGCUUUGACGCCUUUGUUGAUAAAAUGACAUACUUGGGCCAGAAGUUCUGCGUGGUGGUUUACCCGGCCAUGGGUAAAAGCAGUGCGAGUGGAGAGGAAGGAGAGGAAAUGAAGGAGGCCUUGGCUCCUCUGUCUAAGGAGGACGGAGACAACCACAAGUCAGCGGACUGCUAAAGCCUCCACCUCCCAGCUGCCCCAAAACAAACAGACAUAUGCAGACGCACACGUGGGUGCGCACACACGCAAACACAACAUGCAAACACAACAUGCAAACAUACACCACAGUUUGUAGUGUACUUAAUAUUUUUCUUUGGUUUUGAAUCAAUCAAUAAUUUCUGUGCCAAAUAUAGCGGUGAGAUAUUUCGAGUGAUAUGACCUCAAGCUUUUCAGUCUGGGGUUUUUCUAAAGUGCAAUAAAGAAAGGUUAGCGCCUCCUCAACACAUGCCUAAACAGACACAUUUACUACUCUUCUUCUUCAUCAUCUUCAUCCUGCUUCUCUUCCUCCACACACUCCCUGCACACUCCUAGUGUAGAAGUAUUCUUUUUAUUUUAUUUUAUUUUUUAUCAAAAGACUCUUACUCUACUGUGAUGGCUACGCAAACACCUUUUCUUUGCCUUGCUUUGUAAAUGAUGUUGCUUUGUCAUCCGCUCAACACACCAAAGCUGUAUUUUGAUUGUCAAAAACCAGAAACUCUGAUCAAGUCAUUUCAUGUUCGUGAAGUACACUAAGUACUGUGUUGUUUUGAAGGUGACUGUGACUCCGAAAUGUUUCUCUUUUUUUUUUUUUGUAAUUACGGUAAUUGUCUAUAUCAUUUGAUAUAUUUUGUUGUUAUUUUAGUUUUCAUAAGUUAAUUUUUGUUUUUUCUACUCAACAUCAUAUACAUCUGGGCCUAUUUUUUUUUACUCUUGUGGAGGUGUACACCUGAAAGCUGAUGUGUGAUCUGUACUUUGUAUUGGUGAAUGGCGCACAGUUCUUGUAAAUUGCCUUAAUUAGAAUACAGCCAGUAUUUGGGUGCCGAUGCAGCUCUGUUUUGACUGAUAAUCCUCAUACUUUGAGGUCUUUUUUUAAGUUUAAAGAAAGUAACAAAAAAUGAACAGGAAAGCAGAUUAUUGAAUUCACACUACGCUGAUAAUGAACUCAUUAAAACUGCAAGUCCAGCUUGUUACCUAGACAGAAUAGAUAGGCAAGACAUGAUAGUGUUCACCACCACAUUUGCAUUGUUUAUGUGCAAAUCCCUACACCGACACCUGUGAAUGCCUGCGUGUUGUUGUUUUUUAAAGGCAUUGAUUGUCUUACAUGUUUUACGGAAGAAGUAUUUUUUUGUAGCUUACCAUCUAGCUGUGUUUAAAUAUUUUUUUGUUCUUUAUUUAGGUUGUAGAAAUUAGAGCUUUACAUAAAAAAAAAAAAAAAAAAAAGUUUUGAUUCAUACGAUUCGCUAGAAGAGUUUUUAGUGCAAAACUAGAAUAGGCACCAGCAAAAACAGAACAUGCACCCCAGAACGAACCCAUUCUGUGUUGUCUGGUAAUAGUUAUGUAUCUAUACUUGUGUUGUAUAUUAUAGUAACAACACUGCUCCACACAUACACACACAUAUACUCUUGUGUCUUCAGUCUUUCUAUAAUCCAUUAGUGUCUCAGGGCAUCCCCACUGCUCUCUGUUUACACACAGUACACUGCCUAAAACCUCCAGACCCACCAAAAACUCUACCGAUCUCACUGAAUGCCUGUUUUAUAUCCAGUCUGUUAGUGCUCAAUGUCUGUACUGGUGCUUUCUAGAUAUUUAUUUCCUCAGGAGUCUCAAUCUUACAAGCAAUCCCAGAGAAAAGAUGACAAGAGGAUGACAAGUGAAUCGUUCAAACUAUGAAGUAUCAUUUAAAGUUGGGCCAGUAAUGUGCAGGUUUUGUUUUUGUUGAACUGUAAAGGCGAACAGGUGUCUUGGAUGUCUUUACAAGUACAAUGAUUGUGUUUUGUGCCUGUAUGUUUAUUGUGUAUUUACAGAUUAUACACAGAUGUCUGUAUAUUGUCUCUUAGUAAAUAAAAACCACUGACUAAGGUUUGAAUUUGUAAUUCAAGGCCUCACUUAUCUAAAAACAACAGCUCCGUCUUUCUUUUGAUUCCACUGUGAAAUAAUUUCAAAGAUUGUGAUUACCUUCAGUAAUAUAUUUUUCAACCUCAUAAAUCAAAUGCUGCAACUUUAUGUGCUACAGCAAUGUCAUCUGUGCAGACUUAGAGCUUCACCAUCUUGUUAAUCGCUUAAAAUCUAAAGACGGUUUAACAGUGCUGAUUGUGUUUCAGGGUUCCCUAACCAGCUGCAACUUCUUGCUGUGAUUCAGACCAAAACAGGCCUUCAAUGUGACAGAAAUAUGAAGUUUUAUAUGUUGUAACAGUCAUGUAAACUGAUAAGUAAUUUUUCUCCUAGCAAUACAUCAUCGCACUACAAUACACUGAUCAUUUUUUUGUUUCUAAAUCAUUUUGUGAACACAUUUUGUUUAAAUUGCCGUUUGCAGUCUACCUACCACCCUGAGAGCCAUUUUGACUGAAAUGUCUCUAAAACAAGUCUAUUUUUGUGUAAAAAUGUAAAUGUACAUAUUGGUGGC